UUUCCGGGAACCCGUCAGGAAGGGACAUAAACAAAACAAACCCCAGAGCGGCAUGGAGGGGCCGGGCCAGGGCCAAGGCAGCGGGAAGGAGAGAGGCAGCCUCGGAGGGAGAGGGGGCCCCCACUGAGGCGCCCGGCCUGGGCCUCGGAGGCAGAAAGUCUCCAGAGCCAGAAGAGUUCCAUGUAGUCAAAGUGAAGCUUUUUCUAGGGGAAGAAAAACCCUGUGACGCUCCAUUGCAUGAAUUAUAUGCUGCCUGUUUACCCUGAAGAAAAGCUGGAACGAAAUUUGCAAGCAAACAAAACACAGCAUUUGGACUUGGACUUGGUAGAUCUGGGCGUGGAAAUGCCUCAGCCUAGUGUGAGUGGAAUGGACCCUCCUUUUGGGGAUGCCUUUCGAAGCCACAUGUUUUCAGAACAGACUCUGAUGAGCACAGAUCUUUUGGCUAACAGUUCUGAUCCAGAUUUCAUGUAUGAAUUGGACAGAGGAAUGGAUUACCAGCCAAGUUCCAGGGACAACCUCUUUUCUGUAGAGGACUGCAAAGAUCUUGAGAACCUGGAGUCUUUCACAGAUCUACUGGACACUGAACCAUGUUUCCCUGCAAACUGGGAACAGUGGGACACUUACUCUGAGGAUUUGACAAAGUAUACCAAGUUAACCAGCUGUGACAUUUGGGGAACAAAAGAGGUGGACUACUUGGGUCUUGAUGAUUUUUCAAGCCCAUACCAGGAUGAAGAGGUGAUAAGUAAAACUCCAACACUGGCUCAGCUCAAUAGUGAGGACUCACAGCCUGUCUCAGAUCCACUGUGCUACCCAGAAUUGCUAUUCAGUGUAAAACAAACUCAGAUGACAUCUCUGCCAAUGAAGAAAAUUGCAACCAGAGCAACAGCCCCAGUUUGUUCAUCUAAGACUGCUCAGGCUGAGACACCUUUAGCAGAAUUUCCCCAAAAAGCAAGCAAGCCUAAUUCAAGCACACAAAUCAUGGUAAAGACCAAUGUGUAUAGUAAUGAGAAGGUGAAUAUUCAUGUUGAAUGUAAAGAUUAUGUUAAAAAGGCAAAAGUAAAGAUAAACCCAGUACACCAGAGCAGGUCUGCCAUGAGCCAGGCAAAUUCUGACGCUGCAAAAGAAAACACUUGCUUCUGUGGAGCUGUAGCAAAGAAGCAAGAGCGGAAAGGGAAUGACUCCUUUCAGAGUCCCACCGUUCCUGUGCUGCCUUUUAAAGAGACUCAAGCACUGCUCCUCACUCCACCCCAAGAAACUCCAGGACAGGUUGCAGAGGACUGCAGCCUCUCUGCUAGCACCUCUGUUUCAGAUCCUUCACAGAAAAAAGAAGAACACAAUUAUUCUCUCUUUAUCACUGAUGGUCUGGAUGAGCAUGCAGGCAAAGCUGAUGCUGAGGAAGAGGAGGAGGAAGUAGAGGAUGAAGACCAUGAUGAAGGCUUUGGAAGUGAGCAUGAACUAUCUGAAAAUGAUGAAGAGGAGGAUGAUUAUGAAGAUGAUAAAGAUGAUGACAUCAGUGAUACUUUCUCUGAACCAGGGUAUGAAAAUGAUUCUGUAGAAGACUUGAAAGAAAUGACAGCAAUAUCUUGUCGAAAAAGAGGGAAGCGAAGAUACUUCUGGGAAUACAGUGAGCAGCUGACACCAGCACAAGAGAGAAUGUUGAGGCCUUCAGAAUGGAAUCGAGAUACAUUACCAAGUAAUAUGUAUCAGAAGAACGGAUUACAUCACGGAAAAUAUGCUGUAAAGAAGUCACGGAGGACUGAUGUGGAAGAUCUGACACCUAACCCUAAAAAAUUAUUACAGAUUGGGAAUGAACUGAGAAAGCUGAAUAAAGUGAUCAGUGAUUUGACCCCAGUCAGCGAACUUCCAUUAACAGCUAGACCAAGGUCAAGGAAAGAAAAAAACAAGCUUGCUUCCAGGGCUUGCCGACUGAAGAAGAAAGCUCAAUAUGAAGCCAACAAAGUGAAACUUUGGGGUCUCAAUACUGAAUAUGAUAACUUACUAUUUGUGAUCAACUCUAUCAAACAAGAAAUUGUGAACAGGGUUCAGACUCCUAAAGAUGACAGAGUAUCAAAUAUGGGUCAGAAGCUUGAUGUGCUUAUUAAAGAUACUCUUGGGCCACCAGUUUCUGGACAAACAUCAGAAUUUGUGAACCAAGUCUUAGAAAAAACAGCAGAAGGAGAUCCUACGGGAGGACUUGUAGGACUACGAAUACCAACAUCAAAAGUGUAGUAGACAUCACUUUAUCCAUUCAACUUUGGACAUCGUUCUGCCUGUGUCAUAUACUACAUUGUAAAAUUAAUUCUGGUCUGCAUGUGAUUUUAGCGUUCUGUAAAACACAGUUUUAAGUUCCAUCAUUUUUCUUCUUCUUUUAUAACAAUGUAGUAAGAUAAGUGAAAGCAUGAUAUAAAAUGCUUAGUGCAUUUUGGAGCAUAAACCUUAUAGUUUUAAGCCUGCUUCUGGCAUAAAUGUGGUGGCUAAAUAUUCAGUUUAAAAUUACAUUUAUCUAGGACCAGAUUCUAUAGCUUACAUAGGAGCAAAACAUAUUUGCAAAUAAAAAUUUUGCAAAAUGCCAAAUGUUAAGGCAGGUUUAUGCUCCAAAUAAAAUUUAAAAAUGUAAACUCAUGAUUUCCCCCCCCCCCCCAAGAAUUAUUGCUCUUUAGUUCUAAAUUAAAACAGUAAGUUUUCUUUGCAACCAUAACUUGUAUAUAGCACACCUGGCAUCAAGCUAGUGUGCCAUAUUAAAUAUAUAUAUAUAAUUUUCUGAGCUUGAUACGGUAUUUAAAUGUCUGUGCAAGUAAGAAAAAAAUGUAUACUCCUUGUGCCUUGUAUUUGGGGGGGGGGGCAAGUAUAACCAUAAAAUGGUAAAGAUUUUGUAUGAUGAGAAACCCUUGUUGGGAUAGAAGAUGUAUAGAUGGUCUCAUGGAUUUUAAUGUAUUUGUUCCAGCUCUUACAAUGUUUGAAUGUAUAUAGGAAUAUGUUGAAAAUGUAGAUAUGCCACAGAGUCUAUGUAUUGUAUAAAAAGAUGGCUCUAGAAAACUCAUUUUCGGUACUUGGCCGGAAGAAAACAAAUACUUGCACAUUAAUGCGAUUGUUUAUUUUUGUACCAAAGACAAAUGCAACUGAUAUGGCAAACUGCCAGUUUAAGUAAAGUUUUGCACAGCUUACAUGAUACUGUACUGAAUGUAUAAAAAGAAAAAAAAAAACUUAAAGGUCAGGGUUAGGGAUCUUACUGAACUGUGAAUUUCUUUCUUUCUCUUUGGGUCCAAUUAUCUACAGAAGAAGUGUUCAUACAUAACUAUUACUUUGCUGUUCCUCUAGUUGGCUUCAUUGUAGAUAAGUUGGGCAUCUAGAAGUCUGUAAAUCCUUGUUUUCUGCACUUACAGUAGAAAUUUUAAUAUAUUUGCAUUUUAGUAAGCUACUGGUAAAAUAGAGUUCAACUUUGGGAAUUAAAAAUUUAGCUUGUACUAUACUUCCACCAAACAACCAAAAUAAAAUUAUUUUUAUUGUAAUGUAUAUAUAUCUGUAAAGAAUGAAGAGCUACAAAUAUCUAAUUCCUUAGUUGCCACUUUUCCAGUUGUUGUAUUAUUGUGCAUGUGAUGUUUCCAAGGAUCAACACAGGCUUAAAAAAGAAGAAUUUAUAGAUUUUAUAUUUUUGUACAGAUAUUUCAACUAGCUUCUUCAAACUUCUAUGUGACUUAUUGUUAACUCGUAGAUUCUAUGAUUGGGGGAAUACAAAUGUGUGUGCAGUUUGGCUCAUGAGAGUCUGCUUUUAAGUCAGUGUUAAAGUACCAAUGAAAAGCUUUAUCUCUUAAUGAGAAAGUUAUUUAUGUCAAGACAGGAUCAUUAUCUGGUUUCAGGAAUGCCCUUUUCCCCCUUUGCUUGAUACAUAGACUCCAUAACACUGUUUACUAAACAAACCAAAUAAUUUAGAUGUAGCUCCAUGCAGAUGCAAAAAGCUUGUGAAGAUUCCCCCUUAAUCCUUUAAAUAUAUGUAGUAUGAUUCCUUGCACCUGAGUGGGAGUUUGGAAUCUGUGUCAUUGCUCUGGUGGAUAGAUAGCAAUGUUUUGGGAAAGGCCAAUAUACCACUACAGAGUUCUAUCACCCCAAACCUCCUGUUUCAUACUGUUGCUUGCAGCUAUUUAUAAUUUUUUUAAAAACUAUCUCAAAUAUUUGCAAAAUGUCAGCAGAUAUUUGCCUGUCAGGACAGCAUAAGGAUAUUUCAUAAACAUAAUGCUGUGUCUCCAAGCCUGAAAUAAUGCUGGCAUCAGGUUGUAGAGUUAUGUCUUCUGAGUAUUUUAUGUACACCUACCUAUUGGACAUAGUGUUGCAUUUCACUGCAAAUGCUGUUUAAAACUGUUCAUGGCUAUGAUCCUGACAUCGGAUCGAAACAGUACAGAAAGGAUAUAUUCUAAAACUUGAUAACAGCUAUUUGGCAAACGCUAAACUGACAGUAAGAUAUUAUAUCCCCUUUGUAGUAGUUCAGGAUUCUCUGAGCUAAAAGUGCUUUUGCAGCUUUUCUUUUGUGUGUGUGUGUGUGCAUGUCUGAAAACCAGAAUAUGAUUUUGAUCUAGCAUUGAAAAACAGACCGUGAAUCUUUAGUGGAUUCCAUACCCUUGCAUUUCAGUGUUUUCUAUGUAUUAAGUUAUAGUCAGAAAGCUUUUAAAUAGUUGAGCUUUUUAAUGGUGACACUUUAUUUUGUAUCUAUUUAUAUAUGUAUGUAUAUCUUAGAAAAGCACUUUGUUUAAAAAAGAAAAAAAAUAUAUUGCAUUUUAUAUGAUUCCUGCCAUUUGCUGCUAACUCUGGGCUGGUCAGAAUGCUGCAGCGAUACUUGAUCUAAAUAAAACCUGGCAGUAAAAUGUAGAGUAAAAUUAAGACCUUUGCUGGUUUAAUCUUAUUGUAAAGAUGACAUAGGCAAGCUGUGCAGCUUUACAUUUUAACCAGGGGACUCUGUGGCAUUUAAAACAGUCUAGAAAUGGUUGUACUUUUAAUGCCAGUAACAAUCUGCUUCCUCUAGUGUCAUUAAAUAUACGUUUAGUGUAUAAUUAUCACAAAGAUUUUUUAAAAAACCAAAUGUUCAUGUUUUGUUUGGGAAAAUUGUGGCAUGCAUUUUGGAUGAUCAUCUUUAGAGGAGCUCUCUAAAGAUUUUCAGUGUUCAUACAUGGUAUGUGGAUCUUAUUGAAGUCUUUGGUCACUUUCUGAGUGUAGGCAUUGUGAAUAUUCUAAUGUCAUCCAAAAGGAAUUAUACACUUUAUUUUUUAAAGCAGUACUAAACGCUUUCCAUACACUGGAUUCUUUAGAGUUUUGUUUCCAUAUUAAAGCAUGCUCUUGCUCAAAAAUUGUCAGUCUGAAAUUGAGUGCCACACUUCUAUUUUUGAACAGAUAUGAUGAACUACUUGCUCUGUACCAUGUAUAAUUCUUGUCCUUUAUCCAUUUUCUCCAUUGACAGAUUAUGAUGUGGCUUUAUAUUGUGCCUUACUUGUAUAUUAGAACCAAGUUUAUUUUUCAUUCCCCAGGACUCCUUAAACCCUUGAACCCUUUUGGAAACAAACUACAAUAAAGCAUCAUGAAGGAACUUCAAAUAGAUCUGAUCUGAAUUAAAGUUGUAUUGAUAGUUUGUACUGGCAUAGGGUGACCAAUUUUUCUACUGGUCUUGGAAGAUAGGAUUUUUUAAAUAGUAAUUCCACUACAUUUUACAAAAGCUUAUCUGCCUUUUCAUGAAUUUCUCGAGCACAUCUUGAUAUUUAACUUUCUGGGCUCAUUAGCACUAGUCUUCUGGCUAGUUAAGGACUGGCUCUUUCCACUCUGGUCCAGCAUCAUUGUACACAGUGACACUCGUCUAGGAAUCAGGCACCAAUAUAAUCAAUUCAUUGGUUUGGUCAGUAAUUUAUUUUUAACUUAAACUGAAAUGUAGUGGGAAAGAGCAAAAACUAUUUCUAUAACCGAUUAAAGGUCUCUUGAGUAAUCUUAAAGCAACAGACAUUUCUCAAAUACCGUACUGUCAGUGUGGAUUUCACUUAAGUCUGUACCAUUUUUCUGAUGUUUGCCUUCAUUAAUAAAUCUGCUUGUUUGUUCACAAAUGUCAGUAAACUGAUAUAUUGUUUCUCUUAUGUAAUUCUUUUAAAUAUAGCUAGUUUUAAAAUGGUAAUAGCCUCCUACCUAUUUUGAUGGGUUUUCUUACAAGUUGCCUUCAGCAGAAUAGCAUAGCCAGUCUGUUCCUUGACUUAUUUUAGCAGUCUUCCUGGAAUUCUGUUGAGGCACAGUCAAAGUACAUAAUACAAAAGUUCAGGCCUCGAGACCUGAAUUUUACUCAUGAUUUCUUUUUUUGAAGGUAAGGCUCUAGCUGUGGAAUCAAAUAGUUUAAUCUGCCAGAUGAAAGCCUACAUUUUGGUGUAGUUGAAUCCUGCACAAGUGUGCAGGGUGUUUUUGUUUGUUUGCUUGUAUUUUGUUUUACCUGAGGGAUUGUGCAAAAUUCAUUUCAGUCAAUUACUAAUCUGAAAGCUGAUUCUUUCCUUUAAAAAUGCAAUUAAGGGCAUUACCACAUUCAGAGAACAACACUUAGGGAUAUUUCCAGUGAUUUGUCUACAUGCAGAAAUGGCACUUUAGCAUAUACUUCCUUCACAGCAUUCUAAACUUGAUUGGAUCUCAUCAGUAAUAAUGUUCCCAGUUCCCCCUAAUGGAUUUAGUGUGAUAGAAAGGUGUUCAUGCCAUGCAGCCUCUAAGAUAUUCACAAACUUUCACAAGGGCAUGCUGAAUUUUUCUCCCUAAUCCUAAACACAUUUUUAAAAGGCAAUUUUAUCUGGAUGGAACUUACUUCCAUGUUAAAGGUGUCCAAGGUUGUAGCCUCAGUCUUUUUAGGAAAGCAGUUAAGCCUGAAUCUCAGUUAAAAUUAGAUCUAGGUAAUCAUUGACUUUGAGAGCUAACCAGCUAAUUCUCAUAAUACAUUGGUGAUGUAUAUUCCCUGUUUAUUGCAGUGUCUCAAAGUGCCUCUGAACAUGAAGGUUUUUGUUAACUGCUCCAGGUAAUAGCCAUUGCUGUCAGCACCUUUAUAAAUCUGCUUAAUUCAAUGGGCUUAUUCUAGCUGGGAUUUAGACUUUUGGCUUUGAUUUUAAAUAUGUAUUUCCUUUAAGCACAGUCACUUGCAGUGACUUGACUAGCUGUACCAGAUUUAAGUAUAUAUAUAUUUAAAGAGUUAAAGAGCUGCUGAAGCUCUUGCUUUAACAUGUUGGCAUCAUUGCCUCUAUUGUAAGUGCAAGAGUCUAGAUCUGACCACAUGUGUUAGAGCCCCACCCACCCCCGAAAUAAAAAUGUAUUUCAAACUUGUUUGGGGUUUUCAAAUGACAUCAACUACUACUUUCACUCUGUGAGAUAGAAAACAAUAUAAUCUCCAGCCAUUGUCAUUGGAAUCUAUUCCACACAUUAAAUUUCCAACCUCUUGCCUUGCCUUAAACAGAUUGAAAAUGCUUUUUAAUAUAUUUAUGUAUUAAGAGUGAACUAAGGCUACAAUCCUGAACAUACUUAUCUGGAAGUGGGGCCCACCAAAUAAAUGUGAUAUGCUUCAAAAUCACAGGUUUAGGAUUGAGAUAAGUGCUGACAGCACUUAAAAAGGAAGCAAAGCUUUGAAAGGCACAGAAAAACACCAUAUAUUAACAGUUGUGGUGAAGCUUGUAUGCUUGGGAUCAUGUUUGUAAUACUGUUAACGUUCUGUAGUCGAUUUCCAACUGGAGCUCAGAGAAAUGUAUUGAAGAUCUUGUUUAGGAGGGAAAUCCUGUUUAAAAGCAUGAUCUGUUUGCAACUUUUAUAAUGUUUAAUGUUGUGUAUUUUUUCCUUUUUUAAAAAAAGGCACAAUUGAAACAAUUAUUUGUUUACUCUGUCACCCUUGAGCCCAAGCAUUUCUAUUCAGAUACAAACUCAUCAAUGUAUGCAACAUCCUUUGUAAUUGAAAUAAAUUGUGAAGAGAAGUUCUGACAUUA